CCAGAAACCUUGCUUGCGUCAUGGUGGACAUGUUUCUGUUUGGCUUAAAAACUACCAUCAAAAACAAAGGGAGGGCUGGGACGUAGCCCGGUGGUCGAACACUCGCCUAGCAUGCUCCAAGCCCUGGGUUCCAUCCCCAUAGACAGAUAAUCAAAAGGAAGAGGGACUCGGUUUGGUUCUUGUACAUGUCACCCGUCUUGGUUUCUCCCUUGGUGGCCCUGUGGAGAUGAAUCGUAAGGGACACAUGGGAAAUUACUAGCCAAUGAGAUGUGCUCAGUGGAUACUUGAACUCUGCUAACUGGGACGGUGGUUGUAUUCAAAUGACCUGUUUUGCAAGAGAGUUGCUGUGGUCAGGGCUCUUGCGCCAGGUGACCCAUGGGACCACACUUCCCCUUGGGUUGGUGAAGGGGCCGCCCAGCCACCUCCCUGCCAUUUGCAUCACGGAAGACUGGCCAAGUUGGUCCUGGGUGAGAAGAGUCGAGGUUCUGAGGACUCCUUUCUAGAAGUGGAAAUCUUCAGAGGCACAAGAUACAGACUCCUCCAGAGCCGUAGACACAGCCCGGGGACGUGGUGGGUGACCCAUCGAGCGCCCCUGUGAGGUCCCUGUCUUUGCACCCCCCAGCUCUCCACGGUGUGUGCCUGUCCUCCGUGUGCACAGCCUGACUCCUGAAAGAGAAGGCCCAGGACACGGCUCCCCCUUGUUGUGUUGGAACACAUCCUUCAGUAAUUUUCUGAGAAAGGAUGGAAGAGCUUCCUUCCGGAGCCUGAGGAACGCCCGGGUCCUGAGGGUGAGCUGGUGAGAGCCCUCGGCUCAGCGGCCAGCAGGGACAUGCGGCUUCCGAGGCGCCCCGCCGCUCCGUGGCUCCGACCCGUGCUGCCGGCUGUGGCCCUGCGGUUCUGAGCAGCGUCCCGCCGACCCCUGCUCCCCGCAGCCUCCUGCUGCCCAUGAGCCUUGGCUGCUGAAGGCCCGGUGGCCCCCGCCCACGAGGAUGCAUGCCCCCAUCGGGGGGCUGCUCGCGGCCCUGGCGCUGGUGUUUGGGACGGCGGUGGCCUUCGCGCCCAUACCCCGGAUCACCUGGGAGCACAGAGAGGUGGGUCUGGUGCAGUUCCAGGAGCCAGGCAUCUACAACUACUCGGCCUUGCUGAUGAGUGAGGAUGAGGACACGCUGUACGUGGGCGCGCGGGAGGCCGUCUUUGCGCUGAAGGCGCUGGACAUCUCCAGGAAGCAGCACGAGGUGUACUGGAAGGUCUCAGAAGACAAGAAAGCAAAAUGUGCAGAUAAGGGGAAAUCGAAGCAGACAGAAUGUCUCAACUACAUCCGGGUGCUCCAGCCGCUCAGCGCCACCACCCUGUACGUUUGUGGGACCAACGCGUUCCAGCCCACCUGUGACCACCUGGACUUAGCAUCCUUUAAGUUUCUGGGAAAAAAUGAAGAUGGCAAAGGAAGGUGUCCCUUUGACCCAGCACACAGCUACACGUCCGUCAUGGUUGAUGGAGAGCUUUAUUCUGGGACAUCCUAUAAUUUUUUGGGAAGUGAACCCAUCAUUUCCCGAAACUCUUCCCACAGUCCUCUGAGGACGGAGUACGCCAUCCCUUGGCUGAACGAGCCCAGCUUCGUGUUUUCUGACGUGAUCCGGAAGAGCCCCGAGGAGGGCGAGGACGACAGGGUCUACUUCUUCUUCACGGAGGCCUCAGUGGAGUACGAGUUCGUCUUCAAGCUCAUGAUCCCGCGUGUGGCCAGAGUGUGCAGGGGGGACCAGGGCGGCCUGAGGACCUUGCAGAAGAAGUGGACCUCCUUCCUGAAGGCCAGACUGAUCUGCUCCCGGCCGGACAGCGGCCUGGUCUUCAACGUGCUACAGGAUGUGUUCGUACUGCGGGCCCCGGGCCUGAAGGAGCCUGUGUUCUACGCCCUCUUCACCCCGCAGCUGAACAACGUGGGGCUGUCGGCGGUGUGUGUCUACAAUCUGUCCACGGUGCAGGCCGUCUUCUCCGGUGGGAAGUACAUGCAGAGUGCCACGGUGGAGCAGUCCCACACCAAGUGGGUGCGCUACAAUGGCCCGGUGCCCACGCCGCGACCCGGAGCGUGCAUCGACAGGGAGGCACGGGCCGCCAACUACACCAGCUCUCUGAAUUUACCAGACAAGACGCUGCAGUUCGUCAAAGACCACCCUCUGAUGGACGACUCGGUGACCCCAGUAGACAACAGACCCAGGUUAAUCAAACAGGGUGUGAACUACACUCAGAUUGUGGUGGACAGGACCCAGGCCCUGGAUGGGACCGUCUACGACGUCAUGUUUGUCAGCACAGACCGGGGUGCCCUGCACAAGGCCGUGAGUCUUGAGAACGACGUGCACGUCAUCGAGGAGACCCAGCUCUUCCGCGACUCCGAGCCCAUCCAGACUCUGCUUCUCUCCUCAAAGAAGGGCAGGAGGUUCGUCUACGCGGGCUCCAACUCGGGAGUGGUGCAGGCACCCCUGGCCUUCUGUGAAAAGCACAGCAGCUGCGCGGACUGCGUGCUGGCGCGGGACCCAUACUGCGCCUGGAGCCCGGCCACCGCUGCCUGCGUCGCCCUGCACCAGGCCGAGGGCCCCCACAGGGGCUGGAUUCAGGAGAUGAGCGGCGACACGUCCCUGUGCCCGGAUAAAGUUAAAGAAAGUUACCGGCAGCAUUUUUUCAAGCACGGCGGCACGGCAGAGCUCAGAUGCGCCCUAAAGUCCAACCUGGCCCGGGUGGUGUGGAAGUUCCAGAACGGCGUGUUGAAGGCCGAGAGCCCCAAGUACGGUCUCAUGGGCAGGAAAAACCUGCUCAUCUUCAACCUAUCAGAAGGCGACAGUGGGGUGUACCAGUGCCUGUCAGAGGAGAGGGUCAGGAACAAGACAGUCUCCCAGGUGGUGGCCAAGCACAUCCUGGAGGUGAAGGUGGUCCCGCGGACCUCAGCCACCCCCACCUUACAGGCCACCCAGACGGAAGAGAGUAGGAUCACCUCCAAAGUGUCUGUGGCAUCCACCCUGGGGUCUUCUCCUCCCACCCCAGCUGUGCGGGCCACCUCCCCGGGGGCCACCACCCCACCUCCCAAGCCUGCACCCACCAGCACGUCCUGCGAGCCAAAGAUCGUCUUCAACACUGUCCCCCAGCUCCACUCGGAGAAGACGAUGUAUCUCAAGUCCAGCGACAACCGCAUCCUCAUGUCUCUCUUCCUCUUCAUCUUCCUCCUCUUCCUCUGCCUCGUUUCCUACAACUGCUACCAGGGCUACCUGCCAGGACAGUGCUUAAAAUUCCGCUCAGCCCUGCUGCUUGGGAAGAAGAAGCCCAAGUCGGAUUUUUCUGAUCUGGAGCAGAGUGUGAAGGAGACGCUGGUCGAGCCAGGGAGCUUCUCCCAGCAGAACGGGGAGCAGCCAAAGCCAGCCCUGGACACGGGCUAUGAGACGGAGCAGGACACCAUCACGAGCAAGGUCCCCACAGACAGGGAGGACUCGCAGAAGAUCGACGAGCUCUCUGCCAGGGACAAACCGUUCGACGUCAAAUGUGAAUUGAAGUUCGCCGACUCGGACGCAGACGGAGACUGAGGCCGGCCACAUCCCCGCCGGUGUCUCGAGUCCCCGCGUGGAAAGUCUUGUGUUUAACCUGUGCUGUAGCUGAGUCUUGUCACCGUGCAGCGAACCUCAGUCCUCUGUGUUCUCUUGGGUUGAGUCUGUGGCUUGUUUCUCUUUGUCCUCUUGGAAAACAGCAAGUGUCGCGCGUCCCGGUCUGAGUCCCGCAGUUGGCUGGAGCUUUAAGAUGUGCCCGUGGGCGGCGGCACCGAUUCACCUGAGCCCUGAGUGUCGUGGGGGAGAGAUGGCUGGACUUUGUCGGCUGAGAAGAGCAUCCCCUCCGCUUCCCCUCCUUGUAGCAGCCACUAAAAGAUAAUUUAAUUCCAGAUUGGAAAUGAGGUUUUAGUUUAUCAGAUUGGUAACUUAUCGCCUGUUGUCCAGAUUGGCACGAACCUUUUCUUCCAUUUAAUUAUUUUAGAAGUUUUGCUUUGAUGGUAUUAAUGUCUUAGGUCAUUUUUUUUAAAUUACUGGAGCAGAUGUUUUAAUAUUUAGAAGAUGUGCAUCUUCCAGAUUUUGUUAUAUAUUGGGAUAAAAUAUGACUUAUGUUGCUUAAGAUUCUCAGGGAUAGACUUACUUUUGCUAAAUCCAUUCUUUCGGCUUGUAGAAACGUAGACCUGAAACCAUCUCUUGAACACACUCUUUUUUUUUUUUAACUUUAUUCCUUGAGGGAAGCAUCACUUCCAGAGAGAUCGUGCUUCUGGACUUUAUUUUUUUCUUUCUUCACUCUUGAAGAGGAGGACUGUCCCACAUCCACAAGACGGGUUUGAAUGGUGCAAGGUGGAUCGAUGGCUCCCUGCGACGAUCGGGCUGGCCCAUGAGGGGAAGAGCAUCCUCCGAUGCCCAUGGCUGCCGGAGGAACCCUCCCGUCCAGGCGGAUGGCACUUCACAAGGACGUCUUUGGCUCUCUGAUCCUCUCCUGUCUCUUCCAUCUCACCCCCACUGCCCUGCCCAGACAUGCCCCAAGUCUAACAGAGCUGUCCACCCUGGACCAGAAGCAGCCAUGAUCCCAGCCACCUGUGGACGUGGCCGCCCUUCCCGACCAGCUCUGCCACCGUGUGUAAGGCUGUCCGUGGGCAGGAGGAGCUCAACCUUUAUUUCUCUUCCAUUCCAUCUCCCUGCUCUGUGAAUACCCAGUAAGAAGAGGCUUUUCUUUCCGUGGCAAAGAGCAAUAAACUCCGGAUUUUUGUGUGCCUGUGUGGACAGUCUCAUCUUCCAGCCUGCUAUGAUUUGACCAUUUGGUGUAAACAUUUGUGUUUUAUAAAAGUUACGUUGUUUUUAUUUUUCUACUUUGAAUUGUAUACAUUUGGAAAGUACCUGAAUAAACGAAAAGCUUCCAUGGUUGA